AUGGCUACAACCACGGGAGCCCUCCCUGAUGAACAGGGCCAGGAAUGGGCUGGGUGCCAGUCCAGGCUUAGCUGCUCGCGGGCGCACGCGCACACACACACGCACACGCACACACAGUUGGUGUCUCUCCUUUACAUACACACAUGCGCGCGCGCGCUCGGCUGGUGUCCCCUUGGCAACCCGCCAUGCAGGAUAGUGGUCCUCUCCCUCCACCCCACCCUAUGCCUGCCCUCCCCUUUCCAUCUGAGUGUCUUGGGGUCCCUGCCCCUCAUUGUAGGUAAGCUUUCUCAAAGAGGACCCUUUGGAGCUGGAGUGGGAGGGAGAAAGCUGUUCUUCACAGACCAUUCUCACCACCCAGAGGAAGAAGCUGUUCAGAGGGAUUUCCUGUGCAAACGCCACACGUCAGAGCAUCCUUCCCUUCGUGCAAGCCUGUGGCCCAUCAGGAGUCUGAGGCCCCUCCCAGGCUGCCUUCUUGGGAACAGCUUGGGGAGCACCCCAGCACCUUUGUUCUGUGGGGCCUGCCUUUGUGGUGACUUCCUUUUAGGAACUGGUUGA